UCGAAGCCGCCGUCGACAAGGGGAGCCCCGGUGCUUAUGUCUUCUGCCACUGCUACUCCGAUCGCCUUUGUCUCUUCAUUCCCUGUCCCUCCAAAUUUUGGCACAAGGACUUGAUUGCAUAAAUCCACUGAUUUAAAAGGCGAAAUCCGAGAGUAAGCAAAAUUGAAGUUCAAUUCAAUCUAAUCGGACUCCAACUUUUGGUCCGGCCCAUGAUAAAUGGAGGCCCGAAACCGACGCCCCUCCUGCUGCUGCUGCUUCUUCUUCCUCUACCACCGGCGAUUUCCGCAACUCAAAGCCUUAUCCUCAAAGCUCAGCGUCAGCGACGUGCCCCAGAAGAGCCUCCACCUCGAAAUGGCCUCGAUGGUUAUUCUCAGCUCAUUGGCUCAAUCUCCACUCCGUUUCUUCUCCAACUGUCCGGAGCCAUCUCGGCUCAACCAAACCCGCUCGUUCCUCGCCAACUCUCGCCUCUUCCUCUCUCCUCGCCGUCAUCGGAACGGACUCUCGGACCGCAAGAGGCUCUCUCCGGUUCGCUCUCAGGAUGCCAGAGACGAGCCCGGAGGCAGUUCUCGAGAAGAGGGAAGUGGUUCGGACUGGCCAAUACUUAAGCGGUGGGACGUGCCGUGGCAAUGGCAGACUGUUUCUCUCACCUCGCUCGCCUGUGGAGUAAGUUUUGUUUUGACAGGAUUGGUGGAGGCUGCGGCGAUACCUUAUCUCGGACUUCGCCUCGAGGAGCUGAGCUUAGAUGAGAAAGCAGAAAUUCUCUUUCUCGAUCAAAGUAUUACAACUGCAGCAGUACUUGGAGUUCUUUAUGGCAUCACUCGGACCUUUCAACCGGUUCCUGAAGAUCUUUUCCGCUAUGAUUUGAAGGAGCCUUUUAAUUUACAGAGAGGUUGGCUCUUGUGGGCUGUAAUUGGUCUUAUUGGUGCCCUACUUGCUAUAGCAGUAACAGGGUAUGCUCUGUCCUUGUUUAGUGGAGAGACCCCUCAAAGAGAGACGGAUGCUUUGGUUCGCUUGCUUCCGUUGAUUGGUUCAUCAAGUGUCAGCACCGCUUGCCUGUUGGGAAUCACGGCCGUCCUUGCUCCAUUCCUUGAAGAGACCAUAUUCCGAGGAUUUUUUAUGGUGUCCCUAACAAAAUGGGUUCCUACUCCAGUGGCUGUCCUAAUAAGUGCUGCUGUGUUUGCGCUUGCACACCUCACUCCUGGAGAGUUUCCUCAACUCUUUGUUCUAGCUUUAGGAUUUUCCUAUGCUCAGACUCGCAACCUCGUCACACCCAUCACGAUCCAUUCUCUCUGGAAUUCAGGAGUCAUUCUACUUCUUACCUUCCUUCAGCUGCAAGGAUACGAUAUAAAGGAAUUGUUGCAGACGAGUUGAUAGAGUUUUCUUCUUAAGACCGUGAAGCCAUAUAAUUUCUUCGCGCCGUUUCCUCUUAAGUGCUCCAUUGGCAACUUCUAUUCAUUUCCUUCUUUCUGUGAAAAACUAAGUCAUUAUGUGGAGCAAGGCAACAUUGUAGCCAACUAAUGCAGAGCAGGUUAGCCGUGAAAAAGGACUCGGUAGUUUAUGCAAAGAGC